GAGGUGCAGUGUGUGCAGCUGUGCGACCCCGCGCCGGGCGAGAUCUGCCCGACCGAGUCUCGGACGAUUAUAUAAGCAGCCUCGGUGAUUAUCCAGAACUGGGCUACCGACACUCGGUUGUUGAAAGACGAGCCUGAAAGUUUUCCUGCUCAGGGAACAUGGAAAAACUGAGACUCAGAGAAGGCUAGUGAUCUCCGGGCUACUGGAUUGGCAGAAAGGAUUCCUCCUUGUCCGCCAGCAUCCGAUGGCAUGGGGACAGGGCUGCAGGGCCCGAGGAUGCUGCAGACUCUUCAGAUCAUGCUGACAUGGAGCCAGGUAGACUGAAAUUACCAUGUGUCCAAAUUAAAAUUGCAUACUUCAAGGAUUAUCUGAAGGACUAUUCUUAGAUCCUUUUAAGAAGAUUUAAAGAAAACUCCAGACUUCUUGGCCCUGAGUGUGGUGAGGACCCAGUUGGUGGAUGUGGAAGAGCGCGGGCUGGAGGCCAUGGACGUGAAGGAAAGGAAGCCUUACCGCUCGCUGACACGGCGCCGCGACACCGAGCGCCGCUACACCAGCUCGUCUGCUGACAGCGAGGAGGGCAAAGCACCUCAGAAGUCCUACAGUUCCAGUGAGACCCUGAAGGCCUAUGACCAGGAUGCCCGCCUGGCCUACGGCAGCCGCGUCAAGGACAUGGUGCCGCAGGAGGCCGAGGAGUUCUGCCGUGCAGGAGCCAACUUCAGCCUGCGGGAGCUGGGGCUGGGUGAGGUGACGCCGCCCCACGGAACCCUCUACCGCCCGGACGUGGGGCUGCCCCACUGCGGAUACUCCCUGGGCGCCGGCUCCGACGCAGACCUGGAGGCUGAGCCCGUGCUGUCGCCCGAGCACCCUGUGCGGCUGUGGGGCCGGAGCACUCGGUCGGGGCGCAGCUCCUGCCUGUCCAGCCGGGCCAACUCCAACCUCACCCUCACCGACACGGAACACGAGAACACCGAGACCGGUGCGCCCGUGCAUUGUUCGUCCGCUUCGUCAACCCCCAUUGAGCAGUCCCCCUCCCCGCCCCCCUCCCCUCCGGCCAAUGAGAGCCAGAGGCGGUUGCUAGGCAACGGUGUGGCCCCGCCAACCCCGGACUCAGACUCUGAGGAAGAGUUUGUCCCUAAUUCAUUCUUAGUUAAAAGUGGCUCCGCCAGCCUGGGGGUCGCAGCGAACGAUCACCCAGGCCUGCAGAACCACCCCCGGCUCCGGACACCACCGCCCCCACUUUCCCACGCCCACACCCCCAGCCAGCACCACGCAGCCUCCGUCAGCUCCUUGAACCGGGGCAACUUCACUCCACGGAGCAACCCCAGCCCAGCCCCCACGGACCACUCGCUCUCCGGAGAGCCCCCUGCCGGCAGCGCCCCGGAGCCCGCACAUGCCCAGGACAACUGGCUGCUCAACAGCAACAUCCCACUGGAGACCAGAAACCUAGGCAAGCAGCCCUUCCUAGGGACAUUGCAGGACAACCUCAUUGAGAUGGACAUUCUCAGCGCCUCCCGCCAUGAUGGGGCUUACGGUGACGGGCACUUCCUCUUCAAGCCUGGAGGGACCUCCCCGCUUUUCUGUACCUCGUCUCCAGGAUACCCCCUGACGUCCAGCACCGUGUAUUCGCCUCCACCCCGGCCCUUGCCCCGCAGCACAUUUGCCCGACCGACCUUUAACCUCAAGAAGCCCUCCAAGUACUGCAACUGGAAGUGCGCAGCUCUGAGUGCCAUCGUCAUCUCGGCCACACUCAUCAUCCUGCUAGCGUACUUUGUGGCCAUGCACCUGUUUGGCCUAAACUGGCACCUGCAGCCGAUGGAGGGGCAGAUGUAUGAGAUCACGGAGGACACAGCCAGCAGCUGGCCUGUGCCAACGGACGUCUCCUUGUAUCCCUCGGGGGGCACUGGCUUAGAGACCCCUGACAGGAAAGGCAAAGGAGCCGCAGAAGGAAAGCCCAGUAGUUUCUUUCCAGAGGACAGUUUUAUAGACUCUGGAGAAAUCGACGUGGGGAGACGGGCUUCGCAGAAGAUUCCGCCUGGCACCUUCUGGAGAUCGCAGGUGUUUAUAGACCACCCUGUGCAUCUGAAGUUCAACGUGUCUCUGGGAAAGGCAGCCCUGGUUGGCAUUUACGGCAGAAAAGGCUUCCCUCCUUCACACACUCAGUUUGACUUCGUGGAGCUGCUAGAUGGAAGGAGGCUCCUGACCCAGGAGGCGCGGGGCCUGGAAGGAUCCCAGCGCCAGCCCCGGGGUGGCACGCCCCCGUCCAGCCACGAGACCGGUUUUAUCCAGUAUCUGGAUUCGGGCAUCUGGCACCUGGCCUUUUACAAUGAUGGGAAGGAGUCUGAGGUGGUUUCUUUUCUCACCACUGCCAUUGAAUCGGUGGAUAACUGCCCCAGCAAUUGCUAUGGCAACGGUGACUGCAUCUCGGGUACCUGCCACUGCUUCCUGGGCUUCCUGGGCCCCGACUGCGGCAGAGCCUCCUGCCCUGUGCUCUGCAGUGGGAACGGCCAGUACCUGAAGGGCAGGUGCUUAUGCCACAGUGGCUGGAAGGGUGCGGAGUGCGACGUGCCCACCAACCAGUGCAUCGACGUGGCCUGCAGCAACCAUGGCACCUGUAUCAUGGGCACCUGCAUCUGCAACCCUGGCUACAAGGGCGAGAGCUGUGAGGAAGUGGACUGCAUGGACCCCACAUGUUCAGGCCGGGGUGUGUGUGUGAGAGGCGAGUGCCACUGCUCCGUAGGAUGGGGAGGCACCAACUGUGAGUCACCCCGGGCCACGUGCUUGGACCAGUGCUCAGGCCAUGGAACCUUUCUCGCGGACACCGGGCUUUGCAGCUGUGACCCAAGCUGGACCGGACACGACUGUUCUAUUGAGAUCUGCGCUGCGGACUGUGGCGGCCACGGUGUCUGCGUGGGAGGCACCUGUCGCUGCGAGGAUGGCUGGAUGGGGUCAGCGUGUGACCAGCGAGCCUGCCACCCGCGCUGUGCCGAGCACGGGACCUGCCGGGACGGCAAGUGCGAGUGCAGCGUGGGCUGGAACGGCGAGCACUGCACCAUUGAGGGCUGCCCUGGGUUGUGCAACGGUAACGGCAAGUGCACAUUGGACCUGAAUGGGUGGCAGUGCGUCUGCCACCUGGGCUGGAGAGGAGCUGGCUGUGACACUGCGAUGGAAACCGCCUGUGGAGACAGCAAAGACAAUGACGGAGAUGGCCUGGUGGACUGCAUGGACCCUGACUGCUGCCUGCAGCCCCUCUGUCACGUCAGCUCCUUGUGCCUGGGCUCCCCAGACCCUCUGGACAUCAUCCAGGAGACGAAGAGCCCCGUGUCCCAGCAGGGCCUGCACUCCUUCUAUGACCGCAUCAAGUUCCUCGUGGGCAGGGACAGCACGCACGUCGUCCCUGGGGAGAACCCCUUCGAUGGAGGGCAUGCGUGUGUCAUCCGUGGGCAAGUGAUGACGUCAGAUGGGACCCCUCUGGUCGGUGUGAACAUCAGCUUCGUCAACAACCCUCUCUUGGGAUACACAGUCAGCAGGCAAGAUGGCAGCUUCGACCUGGUCACAAAUGGGGGCAUCUCCAUCAUCCUGCGGUUCGAGCGGGCGCCUUUCAUCACACAGGAGCACACCCUCUGGCUGCCCUGGAGCCGCUUCUUUGUCAUGGAGACCAUCGUCAUGAGGCUCGAGGAGAAUGAGAUUCCCAGCUGUGACCUGAGCAACUUCGCUCGCCCCAACCCGGUCGUGUCUCCAUCCCCACUGACGUCCUUCGCCAGCUCCUGUGCAGAGAAAGGUCCUAUCGUGCCAGAAAUUCAGGCUCUGCAGGAGGAAAUUGCCAUCUCGGGCUGCAAGAUAAGGUUGAGCUACCUGAGCAGCCGCUCGCCAGGCUACAAGGCCGUCCUCCGGAUCAGCCUCACCCACCCUACCAUCCCCUUCAACCUCAUGAAGGUCCACCUCAUGGUGGCGGUGGAGGGCCGCCUCUUCCGGAAGUGGUUUGCUGCUGCCCCCGAACUGUCCUAUUAUUUCAUCUGGGACAAGACGGAUGUCUACAACCAGAAGGUGUUUGGGCUGUCCGAAGCCUUUGUUUCUGUGGGUUAUGAGUACGAGUCUUGUCCAGAUCUCAUUCUCUGGGAAAAAAGAACAGCGGUGCUGCAGGGCUACGAAAUCGACGCGUCCAAGCUUGGAGGCUGGAGCCUGGACAAGCAUCAUGCCCUGAACAUUCAGAGCGGUAUCUUGCACAAAGGGAAUGGGGAGAACCAGUUUGUGUCUCAGCAGCCACCCGUCAUUGGCAGCGUCAUGGGAAACGGGCGCCGGAGAAGCAUCUCGUGCCCCAGCUGCAAUGGCCUUGCCGAUGGCAACAAGCUCCUAGCCCCUGUGGCCCUCACCUGUGGCUCCGAUGGGAGCCUCUAUGUGGGUGACUUCAACUACAUCCGCAGGAUCUUCCCCUCAGGAAACGUCACCAACAUCCUGGAGCUGAGAAAUAAAGAUUUCAGACAUAGCCAUAGUCCAGCACAUAAAUACUACCUGACCACGGACCCCAUGAGUGGGGCCGUCUUCCUUUCUGAUACCAACAGCCGGCGGGUGUUUAAGAUCAAGUCCACCGUGGUGGUGAAGGACCUUGUCAAGAACUCUGAGGUAGUAGCAGGGACCGGCGACCAGUGCCUGCCCUUUGACGACGCUCGCUGUGGGGACGGCGGGAAGGCCACAGAAGCCACACUCACCAAUCCCAGGGGCAUCACCGUGGACAAGUUUGGGCUGAUUUACUUCGUGGAUGGAACCAUGAUCAGACGUGUCGAUCAGAAUGGAAUCAUCUCUACCCUGCUGGGCUCUAAUGACCUCACGUCAGCCCGGCCCCUCAGCUGCGAUUCUGUCAUGGAUAUUUCUCAGGUUCGCUUGGAGUGGCCCACAGACCUAGCCAUCAACCCAAUGGACAACUCUCUCUAUGUCCUGGACAACAACGUGGUGCUGCAAAUCUCUGAGAACCAUCAGGUGCGCAUUGUCGCAGGAAGGCCCAUGCACUGCCAGGUCCCCGGCAUCGACCACUUCCUGCUGAGCAAGGUGGCCAUCCAUGCCACUCUGGAGUCAGCCACUGCCCUGGCUGUCUCCCACAAUGGGGUCCUGUAUAUCGCUGAGACCGAUGAGAAGAAAAUCAACCGCAUCAGGCAGGUCACCACGAGUGGAGAGAUCUCGCUGGUUGCCGGGGCCCCCAGUGGCUGUGACUGUAAAAAUGAUGCCAACUGUGAUUGUUUCUCUGGCGAUGAUGGUUAUGCCAAGGAUGCAAAGCUGAAUACCCCUUCUUCCCUGGCUGUGUGUGCUGAUGGGGAGCUCUACGUGGCUGAUCUUGGGAACAUCCGAAUUCGGUUUAUCCGGAAGAACAAACCUUUCCUCAACACCCAGAACAUGUAUGAGCUGUCUUCACCCAUCGACCAGGAGCUGUACCUGUUCGACACCAGCGGCAAGCAUCUGUACACCCAAAGCCUGCCCACGGGAGACUACCUGUACAAUUUCACCUACACUGGGGACGGUGAUGUCACACUCAUCACAGACAACAACGGCAACAUGGUGAACGUCCGCCGAGAUUCCACAGGGAUGCCCCUCUGGUUGGUGGUGCCCGAUGGCCAGAUAUACUGGGUGACUAUGGGCACCAACAGUGCCCUUAGAAGUGUGACCACACAAGGACACGAGCUGGCCAUCAUGACCUACCAUGGCAGUUCUGGCCUUCUGGCAACCAAAAGCAAUGAAAAUGGAUGGACAACAUUUUAUGAGUAUGACAGUUUUGGUCGCCUGACAAACGUCACCUUCCCUACUGGCCAAGUGAGCAGUUUCCGAAGUGACACAGACAGCUCAGUUCAUGUCCAGGUAGAGACGUCCAGCAAGGAUGAUGUCACCAUAACCACCAACCUCUCGGCCUCCGGUGCCUUCUAUACUCUACUGCAAGACCAGGUCCGGAACAGCUACUAUAUCGGCGCCGAUGGCUCCUUGAGGCUACUGUUGGCCAACGGCAUGGAGGUGGCACUGCAGACCGAGCCGCACCUGUUGGCUGGCACAGUCAACCCCACCGUGGGCAAGAGGAAUGUCACACUGCCCAUCGACAAUGGCCUCAACCUGGUGGAGUGGCGGCAGCGAAAGGAGCAGGCCCGUGGCCAGGUCACUGUCUUUGGGCGCCGGCUGAGGGUUCACAACCGAAACCUCCUGUCUCUGGACUUUGACCGUGUAACUCGCACAGAGAAGAUCUAUGAUGACCAUCGUAAGUUCACCCUCCGGAUCCUCUAUGACCAGGCAGGAAGGCCCAGCCUCUGGUCACCCAGUAGUAGGCUGAAUGGUGUCAAUGUUACGUACUCCCCUGGGGGCCACAUCGCCGGCAUCCAGAGGGGCAUCAUGUCUGAGAGAAUGGAAUAUGACCAGGCUGGGCGCAUCACAUCCAGGAUCUUUGCUGAUGGGAAGACGUGGACCUACACAUACUUAGAGAAGUCCAUGGUGCUGCUUCUCCACAGCCAGAGGCAGUACAUCUUCGAGUUUGACAAGAACGACCGCCUCUCAUCCGUGACGAUGCCCAACGUGGCCCGGCAGACCCUGGAGACCAUCCGCUCUGUGGGCUACUACAGGAACAUUUACCAGCCCCCUGAGGGCAACGCUUCGGUCAUCCAGGACUUCAGUGAGGACGGCCACCUGCUCCACACCUUCUACCUGGGCACUGGCCGCAGGGUGAUUUACAAGUACGGCAAGCUGUCGAAGCUGGCAGAGAUGCUGUACGACACCACCAAGGUGAGCUUCACCUACGAUGAGACAGCAGGCAUGCUGAAGACUGUCAACCUGCAGAACGAAGGCUUCACCUGCACUAUCCGCUACCGCCAGAUCGGGCCCCUCAUUGACCGGCAGAUCUUCCGCUUCACCGAGGAAGGCAUGGUCAAUGCCCGUUUUGAUUAUAACUACGACAACAGUUUCCGGGUGACCAGCAUGCAGGCCGUGAUCAAUGAGACCCCACUCCCUAUUGAUCUCUAUCGCUAUGAUGACGUAUCUGGCAAGACUGAGCAGUUUGGGAAAUUUGGCGUCAUCUACUAUGACAUUAACCAGAUCAUUACCACGGCAGUCAUGACCCACACCAAGCACUUUGAUGCCUACGGCAGAAUGAAGGAGGUACAGUAUGAGAUUUUCCGCUCUCUUAUGUACUGGAUGACAGUCCAGUAUGACAACAUGGGGCGGGUAGUGAAAAAAGAGCUGAAGGUGGGGCCCUACGCCAACACCACCCGAUACUCCUACGAGUACGACGCUGACGGCCAGCUACAGAUGGUCUCCAUCAAUGACAAGCCCCUCUGGCGCUACAAUUAUGACCUCAAUGGGAACCUGCACUUGCUGAGCCCAGGGAACAGCGCGCGGCUCACCCCACUGCGCUAUGACAUCCGUGACCGCAUCACCAGGCUGGGCGACGUGCAGUACCGAGUGGAUGAGGAUGGCUUCCUGAGGCAGCGGGGUGGGGACAUGUUCGAGUACAACUCUGCCGGUCUGCUCAUCAGAGCCUAUAACCGGGCCGGAGGCUGGAGUGUCCGGUACCGCUACGAUGGCCUGGGGCGGCGGGUAUCGAGCAAGAGCAGCCACAGCCACCACUUACAGUUCUUCUAUGCAGAUCUGACCAACCCCACAAAGGUCACCCACCUCUAUAAUCACUCCAGCUCCGAGAUCACGUCCCUCUACUAUGACCUGCAAGGACACCUCUUCGCCAUGGAGCUGAGCAGUGGAGACGAGUUUUAUAUAGCUUGUGACAACAUUGGAACCCCGCUCGCAGUCUUCAGUGGAACAGGCUUGAUGAUCAAGCAGGUCCUGUACACGGCAUAUGGGGAGAUUUACAUGGACACCAACCCCAACUUCCAGAUCAUCAUCGGCUACCACGGCGGCCUCUACGACCCCCUCACCAAGCUCGUGCACAUGGGCCGGCGGGACUACGACGUGAUGGCUGGACGCUGGACCAGCCCGGACCACGAGCUGUGGAAGCGCCUCAGCAGCAACAGCAUCAUGCCCUUUAACCUCUACAUGUUUAAGAACAAUAACCCCAUCAGCAACUCUCAGGACAUCAAGUGCUUCAUGACAGAUGUAAACAGCUGGCUGCUCACCUUUGGAUUCCAGCUACACAACGUGAUCCCUGGCUACCCCAAGCCAGACACAGAUGCCACGGAGCCAUCCUAUGAGCUCACGCACACACAGAUGAAGACACAGGAGUGGGACAACAGCAAGUCUAUCCUUGGAGUACAAUGUGAAGUGCAGAAACAGCUCAAGGCCUUUGUCACCUUAGAACGCUUCGACCAGCUCUAUGGCUCCACAGUCACCAGCUGCCAGCAGGCCCCAGAGACAAGGAGGUUUGCAUCCAGUGGCUCAGUCUUUGGCAAAGGGGUCAAGUUUGCCUUGAAGGAUGGCCGAGUGACCACAGACAUCAUCAGCAUGGCCAACGAGGAUGGGCGGAGGAUUGCUGCCAUCCUGAACAAUGCCCACUACUUGGAGAACCUGCAUUUCACCAUCAAUGGGGUAGACACCCACUAUUUUGUGAAGCCAGGGCCUUCAGAGGGUGACCUGGCCAUACUGGGCCUCAGCGGGGGUCAGCGAACCCUGGAGAAUGGGGUCAAUGUGACAGUGUCACAGAUCAACACCAUGCUCAAUGGCAGGACUCGACGCUACACAGACAUCCAGCUCCAGUACAGGGCGCUGUGCUUGAACACCCGCUAUGGGACGACCCUGGAUGAGGAGAAGGCCCGGGUGCUGGAGUUGGCCCGGCAGAGAGCCGUGCGCCAGGCAUGGGUGCGGGAGCAGCAGAGACUGCAGGAAGGGGAGGAGGGGCUGCGGGCCUGGACAGAGGGCGAGAAGCAGCAGGUGCUGAGCACGGGGCGGGUGCAAGGCUACGACGGCUUCUUCGUGAUCUCCGUCGAGCAGUACCCAGAACUGUCAGACAGCGCCAACAACAUCCACUUCAUGAGACAGAGCGAGAUGGGCCGCAGGUGACAGAGCAGGCUGAGGCCUGAACUUCUUGCCAAAGACAGCUGCUCUUUUGUGGCCGCAUACCUGACCGUGUUGUACUUAAAAAACAAAAACAAAAAAACCUUUUUUAAUAAGUACAGCAAACAAAAAGAUACUGGUUGCAUUGUUAAUUCAUGCAACAUCCUUUUUUUUAAGAAAAGAAAAAUACAGAUUUGGCCUUCACACAUUUUUUGCAAAGAGCAGAAGGUAUUUUUUUUUUCUGUAGUGUGAUCACAAUGAAAACUUUAUUGUCUUUUGUUCCCUUCUUCCUUAUGGAGUUUUCCUUGUUGUUUGGGGUACUUUUCUCCUUGGGACACAGUUCCCUGGGAUGUGUCUUCAUCUGUCACUAGGUCCCCAGUGUGAGGCAAGACACACGUGUCUGUGCCGCCUCAUCUCGUGUGCCGCCCUUUCUCCUUUGGCUGGGGCAAGCAGGAGUGAGGGGCUGAGUGUGGCAGUCCUGGAGGACCCCAGGAGCGUGCCCGGCCCCCACAGACCAGCCCAGGAGCUGCUCGCUGCGCCCCAUCUCCGGAGGACCACAGAUGGCUCAUCUUGCUCUGGAAAUGUUUGUGAUGUCACACAGCACCUUUUCAGACUGCCCCAAACUCCUGUCCGUGCUUUAUAUUUUGAUGCUAAAUGAAACCCCUCCUCCCUUUUGCAAAUCGUGUGUAGUUGUCGGUGCCACCCCCAUUCUGGGAUAGAGGAAUUGUCCCCUCAUCCUUUCCCCAGUCUGGGGACACAACAUCCUGGAGCUAUGAGCCCCACCCUCGCCACGAGGGGAAAAGCACCCAGGAUGUCUGUGAUUGGUUGAUCCUCCCUAAUGUCCCUUACUCACCUCCUCCUCUCUCCCAAAGCCAGAUGUGAGAACCAGCAGUGCACAGCAAGCCCUCCGUGCGGGCAUCCAGUCCAGGGAAGGGAAGGACACCCCUCCCUGUGACUUCGGGUCCCUUCCCUCCACUGCUUAGCUGCCACCACUAGGAAACAGGAUAGUGAGAGGUACUUGGUGGCCUUUGAUCCUGGGAAGAUACGAAGUAAGAAAGCCAAACAGCGGCAUCAGCAAAGGCCCAAGCCAAGCACCUUUCUAACCAGCUCCUGAAGCUGCCUGUGCCUCCUCAUACAGGCAAGUCCCAGACCUGGGUACAGUAGCCUGGGCCUUCAGGAAACCCCUUCUGUGAACCUCCUCUAGAAAACAGCUCCCCUCUAGAGAAGCCCAAUCAGGGUUUUGUUUCGUUUUGUUUUGAGAAAGAACAAGGAGCUACUUUUCUGUGGCCUUUCAACUCCACCGCCACUGGGGCCAGGCCUGUGGCCCAUACCUGUGGACCAGGAAGGCCAGGCCAGCAUUGCUCCUAGGAAGACCUGUGUGUGCCCCAUCAAGAAGAGGCUGGGGACCCUUAGAGGAGGGAUGGGGGGGGCAGCCAGGAGACGGGGAAGCAAGGAGGGCAGAGGGGCAGCAGCGCUAGCUGGGAGCUCCUUGUUGGAGGUUCUUGUCCCUGGUCCAUCCGCCUAAUUAUCAUUGUUACUGCCACUCACAGGAGGCUCUGGGAGACAGGAGGGGCAGCCACUGGAGCUAGGCUCCUGGGAAAGUGGGACUUCAUGGGCUCCAUUUACAUUAAGUGUGGAAAAUGAAUUUUGAGUCUGAGCUGUUCCCCGUGGAAACCUUGUUGGACUGCUAAGCUCACGACACCUUUGUAGCCUUACUCACGGAGUCUUCAGAAUGUGACACAAGCUAACAAAACCAAGAAGGUCUCUUACUGCAUGAGAAUCCGAGCAACGUGUAGUCAGGUCUGCCUGGCAGAGGGACAUAUCCAGAGCCCUGGGGAGGGGAGAUCUUGCCUUACCGCAUCAUUAGAGGAUGUGUUUUGCUAAGUGCUCUUCCUGUUUCCAAAAAAAGUCAUGCUGCCUCGCCAGUGUGCUGUGGCCUGUUUGUCCUCUGGCUCCUGUGGCUGGUGUGCUGUGGCCUGUUUGUCCUCUGGCUCCUAUGGCUGGUGUGCAGUGGCCUGUUUGUCAUCUGGUCACCUGUGGCUGGUAUGCUGUGGCCUGUCUGUCCUCUUGCACCCAUGGCUUCUGGUUCCAGACCUCUGCUGAGUCAGACACACUGCUCCUUGGGCCCACUGCACGUGUCAUGUGCUGCUUUCUUGGACGGAACGGAAAAUAGUUUGGCCUGAAGAACACAAGUUAGGUUGGUUUGUUUGUUUGUUUUUUAAUCCAAAAGAAAUGUAUGCCCCUCGAAAUAGCACUCUUGCUGCGAAGGUCCUUGGGCAAACUCUCCCCCCUGUUGUCCUACUUGGUCAGUCCUGGUUUGGCUGUCUAUGUCAGCUGGGGACAUCUACUUGGAAGUCAGAGAUGCCAUGGGGUCAAGGACCCAUCUCCCUAUACCUGCCACUCUCUGUCCCUCCUCCCACAGCUCCCCAAAAGAAUACAGUGGACUAAUUUAAGGAUCAAAAGCACAGCAUUAUUAGGUGUUCCUUUAUUUAAAGGAAUGGUCCCACAUCAAUUUUUCCUGGGCUGCGUGCCCAGCUUCUGCAGCCCCAAGCUUUAUCAAGGAACCGUGGGGCGGGCCGUAAGCACCCUGUGCCAUCCUUCCACACUGUGCUGUCCUGUGGAGCAGAGGCCAUGGCCUUGGCCCUCUGAAGCUGUUUCCCAUUCAGGCUGGCAAGUGACCCAGGACAUGCCCUCUCAUCUGUCCCCUGCAGAGACCAGCAGUGCCCAUCUUACAGCAUGGUGAGACCAAAGGCGCAGGCCAGAGUUCUCUGUGUCUUCUUAGUGUGUGCUCCCAUCCUCGAUGGCUCCUGCCCUCUGGCACUAAUCAGUCAGCAGCCUUGCCAGUCGGCGCAGUGGCCAGACCCCAGGUGGCUGCUUUUGCAAAAAGUUGGCUUCAGACCCGCGAAGACUUAUUUUAGCAAAGCUCCUGCCUUCUCUGCUCCCCACCACCGCUGCCCGUCGGCCACUCUGCCUCACCCUUAAUAUGACCUUGUUGAUGCCCUGGCUUCAUUUUCUUUUUGAGGCUGCUCUAGCCCUGUCUACUCUGAGAGCCUGCAAGCACCAGGUCCCAAUGUUGUCUUUCACAUGAUAAGAUUUCCUUUUACCCAACCUCUGGACAGACAUUGUUAGAAGACAGGAUGAUAACGAUGGGAGGGACCGGGGACUCCAUGGAAGUGACAGUCUCUGAUGCUGGCUUCACAACUGCUGGCUGAGAAGCCAGCCAGGGUCCACGCAGGGCCCAACUUCUGCUUAGGGUGGAGGCCAAAGGUGGCCAGAUGUGCUUCCAGGCAGCCAGGUUGGGUGGGUGGGUGGAGGAAAGGAGGGC